UUAAAAAGUUCAAACAUGCGUUUAGUUCAAAGAAAGCUGGAGAAUGCUGGAGGAGACCUUAAGGAUGGCCGCCAACACUAUGAAGAAGCUGUUGUCAUUUUGGAUGCUGGUGCUCAGUAUGGGAAAGUCAUAGACCGAAGAGUGAGGGAACUAUUUGUGCAAUCUGAAAUCUUCCCCCUGGAAACACCAGCAUUUGCCAUAAAAGAACAAGGAUUCUGUGCGAUUAUCAUCUCUGGAGGACCUAAUUCUGUGUAUGCAGAAGAUGCUCCCUGGUUUGAUCCAGCAAUAUUCACUAUUGGCAAGCCUAUCCUUGGGAUUUGCUAUGGCAUGCAGAUGAUGAAUAAGGUAUUUGGAGGUACUGUGCACAAAAAAAGUGUUAGAGAAGACGGGGUCUUCAACGUCAGUGUGGAUAAUACGUGUUCAUUAUUCAGGGGCCUUCAGAAGGAAGAAAUUGUUUUGCUUACUCAUGGAGAUAGCGUAGACAAAGUAGCUGAUGGAUUCAAGGUUGUGGCACGUUCUGGGAACAUUGUAGCAGGUAUAGCAAAUGAAUCUAAAAAAUUGUAUGGAGUACAGUUCCACCCAGAAGUUGGCCUUACAGAAAAUGGAAAAGUAAUACUGAAGAAUUUCCUUUAUGAUAUAGCUGGGUGCACUGGGACUUUUACAGUGCAGAACAGAGAACUUGAAUGCAUUCGAGAGAUCAAAGAGCAAGUGGGCACAUCAAAAGUUUUGGUUUUACUCAGUGGUGGUGUAGACUCAACAGUUUGUACAGCUCUGCUAAAUCGUGCUUUGAAUCAAGAUCAAGUCAUUGCUGUGCACAUUGAUAAUGGCUUUAUGAGAAAACGCGAAAGCCAGUCUGUUGAAGAGGCCCUCAAAAAACUUGGAAUUCAGGUCAAAGUGAUAAAUGCUGCUCAUUCCUUCUAUAAUGGGACAACUACUUUACCAAUAUCAGAUGAAGACAGAACCCCACGAAAAAGAAUUAGCAAAACAUUAAAUAUGACUACAAGUCCUGAGGAGAAAAGAAAAAUCAUUGGCGAUACUUUUGUGAAGAUUGCCAAUGAAGUAAUUGGAGAAAUGAAUCUGAAACCAGAUGAGGUUUUCCUUGCCCAAGGUACUUUACGGCCUGAUCUAAUUGAAAGUGCAUCCCUUGUUGCAAGUGGCAAAGCUGAACUCAUCAAAACUCAUCACAAUGACACAGAACUUAUCAGAAAGUUGAGAGAAGAGGGAAAAGUAAUAGAACCACUGAAAGAUUUUCAUAAAGAUGAAGUGAGAAUUUUAGGCAGAGAACUUGGACUUCCGGAAGAAUUAGUUUCCAGGCAUCCAUUUCCAGGUCCUGGCUUGGCUAUCAGAGUAAUAUGUGCUGAGGAACCUUAUAUUUGUAAGGACUUUCCUGAAACUAAUAAUAUUUUGAAAAUAGUGGCUGAUUUUUCUGCCAGUGUUAAGAAGCCUCAUACACUAUUACAGAGAGUCAAAGCCUGCACCACAGAAGAGGAUCAGGAGAAGCUGAUGCAGAUUACAAGCCUGCAUUCACUGAAUGCUUUCUUGCUGCCAAUCAAAACUGUAGGUGUGCAGGGUGACUGUCGUUCCUACAGUUACGUGUGUGGAAUCUCCAGUAAAGAUGAGCCUGACUGGGAGUCUCUUGUUUUCCUUGCUAGGCUUAUACCGAGGAUGUGUCAUAACAUUAACAGAGUUGUCUAUAUCUUCGGCCCACCAGUUAAAGAACCUCCUACAGAUGUUACUCCCACUUUCUUGACAACAGGAGUACUUAGUACUUUACGCCAAGCUGAUUUUGAGGCCCAUAACAUUCUCAGGGAGUCAGGGUUUGCUGGGAAAAUUAGCCAAAUGCCAAUAAUUUUGACGCCAUUACAUUUUGAUCGGGACCCACUUCAGAAGCAGCCUUCAUGCCAGAGAUCUGUAGUUAUUCGAACCUUUAUUACUAGUGACUUCAUGACUGGUAUACCUGCAACACCUGGUAAUGAGAUCCCCGUGGAGGUGGUGUUAAAGAUGGUCACAGAGAUUAAGAAGAUUCCUGGUAUUUCUCGAAUUAUGUAUGACUUAACAUCAAAGCCCCCAGGAACUACUGAGUGGGAGUAAUAAACUUGUUCUGUUAAAGUACUGUGUGCAGUUUAAGUUGAUUAGACACCAUUUCCAUUAUUGACAUGCAGUGCUGUGAAAAAAGUUACCGGAACAGCUACAUCACACCUUAGUUGUGCCCAGCAAAAACAUUUACAGCGUAAGAGCUGAGUUGGGGAUGAGUGAAAGGGACUGAAGAGUUAGGAUGGAUAAUCGAAGUGCCAUUGCCUCCACUCAGAGUGAUGCUGCUUUUGCCUUUGCCUCACUUGUUCUUACGUACAAACUCAUUGUGGCUGUUGCUGUCUCUCUGUGAAGAUAAAUGAAAGUGAAUGAGUUUGAGGACGGUAAUAGGCUCUGUCUCCUUACCAGUUCUAAGAGCUGUUAAAAAAAAUGUGUUAAUUAUUGGUGUGACUUACUAUGUCUACCUUUUGGAAAAUGUGAGUUUUCCCAUAAGUAUAUUUAUUUAUAAAGGGUGAAGGAGAGGUGACAUAACUGAUAAAGGUAUAGAUGGGCUUUUUUAGCCACUUUCACAGGAUAUGGGGCUACAGAAUGUAGAUUACCUUAAGAUGGAACAGUACUAGAAAUUUCUGGAAGUACUUAAUUUCAUGGAACCACAGCCAUGGCAGGAAGAAGCUAUGAGUAGUUCACAGGUCUGAAUGAUCACAAAGUGCUUUCAGACCAUGUUCUACACCAGUGCCACGUUACUCACUGUAAGCUUAUUAAUAAGGAGAUUUAUUUUCCCAUCCUAUUACCAGCUCUCACAGCCUUGCAUAGAAAUUUCCUGUUCUUUUCCAGGUAAGAGAGUUCAAGAGAAGAGUUUUAAUCUCUUCUUUGAAUGGUGAGAGGAGUUCAAAAGCCUUGAUAAAUGCCUACAGCUGACAAAUGGGGAAGAAAAAUGCUUACAUCAUCUAGUGAAGAGUUAAAGUAACCUCUUAUAAUCUAUAGACAGAUGUGUUACUGCUUAGACUGUGGCCUUCAGAACUAUGACCAGUUUUAUCAAGCAAGGUAUUUGCCAAACCUUAUAAUGUUUUUCUAGUAGCUAUAACAUAAGAUUCAAGAAGUCUGAUUCAGGGCUUGCCGCUGCCACCAGUUUCUGAGAUCUUUUAUAACAUUCAUAUAAGCAUGAUAAAAUAGUAGUUGACUAAAAUUCUGCAACUGUUGCAUAGUUUAGCUUAGAAUGUUACUAUGUUUUUCUCUUAGCAGUCUCACCUCAGAUUGCUGCCUCAUACCUAGUUGAGAAGAUCUUUGUUAAUUAGGUCCAAAUUUUUCUUUAGAAUUUAAGGUUAGAGCCAGGCAUUUAGCUCAGUGGUGCUACUAC